AAUUAAAGUAUAAUGGGAUUUAAAGGAAAUACUAGUAAUACAGUGAAGGAGGAAGCAAGUACUCCUGUAAAGCCGACUGUCAGGAGAAGGAUAACCAAAGAGUCGACGGAUUGUUGGUCAAGCUUUAUGGCUUGCAUCUGCUGCGUCUUCUGAUGUGGCAAUGAUGGAAGCAGUAGAAGAUAUGGAGGUGGCGGAGGAGACGGUGAUGGAUGUGGAGGUGAUGGAUGUGGAGGUGAUGGAGGUGGAUGCUAAAUUUAUUCCAACCUGGAAAAU